AUGGACCAUCCAGAUGAGGGAUCUGGCCAGCAGGCGCAUCACGAAGCGGUCGUGAAGUCUGCCUAUGACCUCCUGAAGGACGCUGUGGCCUUGGCAAAUCCCGCGGCUGCGCCUCGCGGCCAGCUGCUGCGCCGCAUCGCCGACUACCGGCGCUGCAUUGCCGAUGUGGCAGGGGUGCUGGCGGCUCUGGGCGAUGAUACAGACGUUGCCAGGGUUACGGAGCUCGCCACCGCCAACCCGACGAGGGGCGUGGCCCUGGGCUACAGCCAGCUAUCAGACGAAGCCAUCGCCGCGCUGCCAGUGCCGGCGCUGCAGGUGGAGGCUGGGCUGCUGUUCGUGUGGGUCAUCAACGCCAAGUACCGCUUCACCCUUGACCUGUUUGACCGCUGGGGCUACGAGCUCGUCGACGAGAUCGUGUGGGUCAAGACCACGGUCAACCGCCGCCUGUUCAAGUCCCACGGCUACUACCUGCAGCACGCCAAGGAGGUCUGCCUCGUCGGCUGGCGCGGCGCGGGGCCGCCGCCGUCCGCGGCCGGCGGGGGCGCUGGGCCCGGCGGGGGUGCCGGGGCCGAGGCCGGCGGCGGGGGUGGGGGCGCGGCCGGGCUGGGGGUGUGCGACGUCAUAAUCAGCGAGCGGCGGGGGCAGAGCCAGAAGCCUGAGGAGCUGUACGAUCUGAUUGAGGCGCUGGUGCCGGGAGGCCGCUACCUGGAGAUUUUCGCUCGCCGCAACAACCUGAGGGAUUACUGGGUCAGCAUCGGCAACGAGGUCGGCGUGGGGCUUCCUGAGAGUGACCUGGCAGCACUGCGUGGCGGCGGUGGGAUCCCUGGCGCCAAGUAUGGCCGCGGCGCUGGGUGA